AUGUCACCACCACACACUGAAACGACCACUGCUCUUCACCGCCGCUCUUCCGCCUCUUCCAAAGUUCAGUACGAACGCAACUACGUUCCCCCAACGUUCACCAUAAAACAAAUUCGCUCAGCUAUUCCAUCCCAUUGCUUCGAGCGUUCGACUCUGCGUUCAUUUUCUUAUGUCAUCAACGAUCUCAUAGCGGUUGCCAUCCUCUUUUACAUUGCCACAUAUAUCGAUACGCAUCUCCCUGUUUAUCUCAGAUAUGUUGCGUGGCCCUUGUAUUGGUUUUGGGCAGGAGCAUUUGCUACUGGCCUUUGGGUCAUCGCUCACGAGUGUGGCCAUCAAGGAUUCAGUGAUUCAAAGACUGUUUGUAACGUUGUUGGAUUCGUAUUGCAUUCGGCCCUCCUAGUACCUUAUUAUGCAUGGAGAUUGACUCAUUCGAGACAUCAUAAGCAUACCGGAGACAUAUAUAAAGACGAAGUAUUCGUACCGAAAACGAGAAGCCAGUUGGGAUUACCGAAAAAAGAUAGCGAGCAGGACAAGGAAAGAACGAGGAAAAGAAUGGAGGGAGGGCUCUCUGAAGACAUACCGAUAAUUCAAUUGGCAAGUCUGAUAGGACAACAGUUAAUCGGAUGGCCCUUGUACUUGACGCUGAAUGUUUCAGGAAGAAAAUAUCCGGGAUGGGCCAAUCAUUUUAUUCCCACCUCGGCCAUAUUCGAACCCAAGCAUUACGUACCUGUUGUGCUUUCGGAUAUCGGUCUCGCAGUGACGUUAUCAGUGUUGGGAUAUUUUACGUAUACAUAUUCGUUCAUGACUGUCGUAAAAUAUUACGUGAUGCCCUAUCUGGUGGUCAACCAUUGGUUGGUAAUGAUCACUUUUCUUCAACACACUGAUCCCCAAUUGCCUCAUUAUAGAGGAGAACUCUGGGAUUUUAUUAAAGGAGCUACGUGUACAAUUGAUCGUCAUUUUGGGAUCCUGGAUAGCAUAUUCCACCGAAUCACAUCGACACAUGUCGCCCAUCAUUUCUUUUCGACCAUGCCCCAUUACCAUGCCGAAGAAGCCACUAAACAUCUUGCGCAAGUCCUCGGUUCGUACUACCUCUUUGAUGAUACGCCCAUGUUCAAGGCUCUUUGGAGGAGCAUCCGCGAGUGUCGGUUCAUUGAAGAUGAAGGAGAAGUUUUAUUUUUUAAUAAAUAG